AUGUUCGCCCACCUCCCCUUCACCACUCUCGGUGCACUGGCUCUAGCAAUGCUUGCUCAGGCCAACCUUUCCUCCCAUCACCGUCGCGGCUCACUCACGGGCCAGUCUGUCGCGUUUGCGUGCUACGGCGGCGGUGGUGACUGCGAAUGCCCCACCGAUCUCACCGGCGACAGCGCAGGCGUGCUCAUCAACGUUUACCCCGGCUACCAGUGCGCGUACGCCGGGGGCGCCUGCACCUGGGACGAUAAGACCGGCGCUCUGCAGAACGUGGAUCAGACGAAUUGCCCGACGGUCGCGGCAUGCAGCACUUCUGGCGGCUGCGAGUGCCCGACGGACCUAAACGAUGACACUGGCGUUCUCAUUAACCAGUUCACGGGCUACCAGUGCGCGUACACCAAUGGCGCGUGCACCUGGGACUACACCGGAGCCCUGCAGAACACUGCUCAGACGAACUGCCCGACGUCGGCGCCUUGCGCCCAGCUCGCUGGGGACUCUUAA